AUGUCCUCGGGUAUUUUUAUUCUAGAUGAGUUACUUAAUCCGCUUAUACUGAAGAACUUCAAAGGUUUAUCGGACUUACCAACACUUGCUGAUAUCUUUAAAGCAGCUCAACAAAAGACUGAUAGACCCAUAAUUCAAGCGAAGGGUGUCGUGUUCACGUAUAUCCGUCGCGACACCCUUUACUUUGUGUCCAUAACAGUUGGAAAUCUUCGCUUCAAUGUAAUGAGCGUAUUAGUUUACCUGGAUCAAUUUGUUAUCCUUUUGAAGAAGUAUUUGCGAACAAGCACUUUGGACAAGACAUACGUUGUGGACAACUUCAAUAUAAUAUACGAAUUAUUAGAUGAAAGUCUUGACUUCGGCAUACCUCAACUCACGGACUACAAUAUAAUUCAAGACUCUAUCAAAAUUGAGGUCAAUCUACCAUCAGAGAAAUAUCGGGCGGCUGAUGAACAACUCGAUAGUGACAGUGAUAUAGAGGAAAUUGAGAAGGAGAUCAAAAAAAAAACGCAGCCUGAUUACCACGGAUUUCAAGAUGAUGAGCAAUACAUCAAUAGUUUUAUUCUGCGUGCCACAACUCAAGCAAUUUCUUGGAGACCUAAGGGGAUCUACUAUGCAAAGAAUGAAUUUUUCGUUGAUGUGAUUGAGUCAUUGGAGUAUGUUAUGGAUUUCAAUACCUCCAAGAUCCGCAAGAACUUCGUCCAUGGGCGCAUAAAAUGUCGGUCUUUCCUAUCUGGUAUGCCAAAAUUGAAAAUUUGCAUAAAUAAAAUGCUCAGAGAAAAGAAAACGUUUUUAGAAUCAGCAAAGUUUCAUCAGUGUGUUUCCUUAGAAAGUCUGAAGUCUAGUGAAGCUAUCAAUUUCGUACCGCCUGAUGGAGAAUUCGAUUUAUGUCAGUAUACCUUUAAGCGACAUAUUAAUGAUUCUCCUUCAAUAAAACUAUGCGAUUAUAAAGUUAAUAAGCGAGAAAGAAAGCACAAACUACACAUUACAGUGACAAUAGAGCCCCAUUUUAAAGCACAAGAUAGUACCAGUACGUUAGAUAUCCAGGUUCCACUUCGCAAAAUCUUCAAGGAGUACCAAAUAGAUUUGACGAAAUCUCCGAGAUUUAAAUGCGAUGCGGGUGAGGUGAUGUUCAACUUAAGCGAUGAUCAUCUCUUAUGGCAAAUAGGGAGUAUUAAAGGAGGACAUGGUGAGCAGAAAUUGUCCAUGCAUGUAGAGUUUCAUCUUUUUGAUGAAGAAGAGCAUAAGAAAAAAAUAAUAGAACUUGAAACAUCAAUGGAUCCCCCUCCUCUGAGAGAAGGACCUCACUUAGAGGAGCUAUACGCUCAAAUUCACGAAACCGAAGCUUUCUCAAAAACUCACGAUUUAAUCAACAUAAAGUUCGAAAUUCCCUACUACACAUGCAGCGGCCUGAAAGUGGAGUUUUUAAAAAUUGAAGAGGACCAGCUCAAGUACCAGUCAUUUCCCUGGGUCAGGUAUAAAACAAUCAAUGAUGAUGAGUAUGCAUAUCAAAUAUAG